UACUUUUAAUUGAUUUAUGUUGCGUCACGGUUCCUUUAAAGCAGACCGAAUCGAGCCCACCCAGGCCAUAAAUUCCGGACCAGAUGGACCGUGUCCGAGCCUGAACACUUGCACCUAAACCUGGAUUAAAAACCAGGACUCGACUGGGACAGACCCGCAACUGGAUUAUACCUCGAGUGUCGGAGCUUUUUCAACGGAGUGAAGGCGCUUUAGAGCCCCGCAGGCCUCCCCUUGUAAAAAUGGCCGACGCCGAGGUCUCCCUAUCCCCGGCUCUGCAGCCGCUCCACCUCAGCCCCUCUCACUCUUCCCAGCCUCUUCCACCAGCCUCCUCCUCAUCUCCCACCACAUUCUCCUGCCCCUCUUCCCCCUCCAGUGCCUCAUCGUCCUCUUCUUCUACCUUUUCCACAUGCUCUGAGAGCUCAUCUGAUUGCCCAAAUCACCACCCUCACCACCACCACAACCACCACCGUCAUCCUCGCCCUCAACUACAGCUUCCCCCACCUUCCAACAGCGAGCAGCCAUCCUCCCCCAGCGCCAGCCCUCGCAGCUCCAGCCCCAGUGGGAGCAUCGGCAGCACCGGCAGCCUCGGCAGCAGCAGCGCCAGCGAGGGCAUCGGCAGCAGCGGCAUGUCAAGCGGUGGCGACCCGCGAGGGCCGAGUCCCCUGCUGGAUGUCAUCUCAGAGGACGCCAUGGAAAUGGAUCUGGGGGCUGAUCAAGUGAUCGAUCCAGAGGUGGCACUCAAGGCAUGCCAGGAGGUUCUUCUCAAAGUCAAACUGCUUGACAGUAAACAGCAACAAGAUGAACCACAGCAACACCAACACAGCAAAGACGUCACAGAGAGCAACAGUCCACAGUGGCACAUCAGUCCAGACACCGGCUCCAUCAAAGAGGAAGACGAGAAUGAAGAUGAAGGAAAAAAAGACGCCCUUAGAUCCCAGCAAGACCCGCCUCCUUCAGCCCCGUCUGAGUCGUCCUCACCAUCAUCGUCAUCUUCUUCAUCCUCAUCUAAACAGUCAUGGCUGUUGCGCCUGUUUGAAUCCAAGCUGUUUGAUGUUUCCAUGGCGAUCUCUUACCUGUACAAGUCCAAGGAGCCGGGGGUGCAAGCAUACAUCGGGAACCGCCUCUUCAGCUUCCCUGACAGCGAGGUGGACUUCUACCUGCCGCAGCUUCUUAACAUGUAUGUGCACAUGGACACAGAGGUGGGAGAUGCCAUCACACCCUACCUGAUUCACCGCUGCAGAGGCAGUAUAACCUUCUCUCUGCUGUCGGCCUGGCUGUUGGGCGCCUACUCCUCCGACAUGCACAUCUCCACCCAGCGUCACUCCAGAGGCACCAGACUCAGAAAGCUCAUCCUGUCUGACGAACUUAAACCUCCUGGUCCUCCGUCUGACGCUCCUCGAUCCGCUUCAGCGUCUGUUUCCGACAGUCCGCUUUCCUCGCCACCCCACCGCCGCUGUCACCGCAGGCACAACAGCAGCAACACGGAGGCCUCCAUCUCCACUUCCUCCAUUCCUGGCCCUGCCUCGAACAGCCCCGAACAGGGGGAGGUGUUUGUUUCCCCUUCCAGGAGGACCCACCAAAGAUCCAAGUCCGAUGCUACCAUGGCGAGCAGCGGGCCCGGCGCCAGCCUCUGGCGGACUAGUAGUAAUCCAAAGGUGGAGGCGGUCCACGAAGAGCUGGAACGUCUUCGUCCUCAGAGGGAAUUUGUCAAGUCUCUGUUCUGCAUCGGGAAGCGUUUGGCCACGCUGCCCACCAAAGAGCAGAAGACCCAGCAACUGAUCUCAGAGCUGUCGAAGCUUAAUCACAAGCUGCCAGCACGGGUUUGGUUGCCCACAGCUGAGCACCAGCACCACGUCUGCAGGGUCCCCAACACCCAGGCUGUGGUCCUCAACUCCAAGGACAAGGCCCCCUACAUCAUCUAUGUUGAGGUCUUGGAGUGCAACAGCUUUGAGACAUCUCCUGUUCCUGUUAAAAUCCCGGAGACGAGGAUCCGCUCGGCCCGCUCUGCAGAGAAUUUGGACUGCAGCCCUGUGGCUAAUACUAAUGGUAAUAAUGGUAUUAUGACAUCAGAGCACAGAGCAGGAAGUUUCUCCACUGUCCCGAACUAUGACAACGAUGAUGAGGCGUGGGCCACUGAUGAUAUCGGACAGCUUCAGGUGGAGGCGGAGGCUCAGACCAGCAGCAGCGACAACAUCAGUCAGUUUUCAGUCGACAGCAUCACCAGUCUGGAGAGCAAAGAGCCGGUGUUCAUCGCUGCUGGUGAUAUCAGACGCCGUCUGUCGGAGAACCUCGCUCACCCUCCAACCUCAUUCAGGAGGGACCCUGAGGACCCGUCGGCCGUCGCCCUCAAAGAACCCUGGGAAGAGAAAGUCAGGCGGAUCAGAGAAGCCUCUCCAUACGGUCACCUCCCCAACUGGAGGCUGCUGUCGGUCAUUGUGAAAUGUGGAGACGACCUGAGGCAGGAGCUGCUGGCCUAUCAGGUCCUCAAACAGCUACAGUCCAUCUGGCAACAGGAGAGAGUUCCUCUGUGGAUCAAACCUUAUAAGAUCCUGGUGAUGUCCUCAGACAGCGGGAUGAUUGAGCCCGUCCUCAAUGCCGUCUCUCUGCACCAGGUGAGGAAACAGAGCCAGCUGUCGCUGCUGGAUUACUUCUUGCAGGAGCACGGCAGCUUCACCACCGAGGCCUUCCUCACCGCACAGAGGAAUUUUGUCCAGAGCUGCGCCGGGUACAGCCUCAUCUGUUACCUGCUGCAGGUCAAAGACAGACACAACGGGAACAUCCUGCUGGACUCCGAAGGCCACAUCAUCCACAUCGACUUUGGCUUCAUCCUCUCUAGUUCCCCUCGCAAUCUCGGCUUUGAGACAUCAGCCUUUAAACUCACCUCAGAGUUUGUCGACGUGAUGGGCGGCCUGGACGGAGACAUGUUUAUCUACUAUAAGAUGCUGAUGCUCCAGGGUCUGAUCGCAGCCAGAAAGCACAUGGAGAAGGUGUUGCAGAUUGUCGAGAUCAUGCAGCAAGGCUCUCACCUGCCCUGUUUCCAUGGCUCCAGCACCAUCCGCAGCCUGAAGGAGCGUUUCCACAUGUCUCUGACGGAGGAGCAGCUGCAGCUGCUGGUGGAGCAGCUGGUGGACGGAUCCAUGCGCUCCAUCACCACAAAGCUCUACGACUCCUUCCAGUACGUCACCAAUGGCAUCAUGUGACAAGAGACCGCAGGAAGAGAUGAACACACCUUCAGACUGUGACACAUAAACUCUGGCGGCUUUAUUUCCUGUUUUCCUCGUGAACGUUGCACCGGUGGGAUUAACUGGAUCUGAAGUUUGUGAUUCUUCUAGAAUCUGAUGGAUGAAUUAGGUCAGCUUUUUGAUCGGAUCUCAGAAAGUACAGAAUCUGGAACUUUUCUGAGUCAGAAAAACACAAAACGUCACAGACAUAAACUGUACCGUUGCCUGAGAUGAAUUUAAUCCAGACCUAACAACUUCUACUGGACUCAACUCUGAACCUGCACACGAGCUGCUGGUUUUAGGGAUUCUUCUGUGUUUGGAUGAAGAUUGUAAAGCUGCUUCUGAAAACGUUCAGUGGAGAGAAAUCAUUUCAGCAUUGAGGAACUAAUUUAGUCAUUUAUUGCGUUAAACUCUCAAUAUUUGCACAGUGCAGUUGAACAAAACUGAGCCGUCACCACUUUUGACUUUUUAACUCUCGAUUAAUCUCUUAACCACUAAUCUAACUUGCAGCAGAGCUCAUUUCUUCUGUUUGAUUGGUAGUUUCAUUAUUAGGUCAUUUGAAGCCUCUGAUCUGGUUUUACUGUAAGUAAGAAGAGAUUUAGAAAAAGCUUCAACUUAAAGCAUCCACCAGUACGGAUAUUGACUAAUUAAUUGUUGGAAAACGAAUUAUUUGUUUGAAGCUAACAUCUCAGUCUCAAAUGUUUAGAAAGUUUAGAGACGGAGAAAAAUGGCAAAUCCCUUAAAUGAUUCUAAAACAAUACUUGUAGUAAACCAUGCACUUUUUAUUGUCUCAUUAUACUGAGAUAUAAGAGUUAAAAUGAUGAAUUACAAGAUCAUAAAUACAUCUUCAAUAUUUAGUAUGAACUAAUUGACUUUUUCAUAAGGGGAUGGCUCUGACUGCAAAAAAAAAAUAAAAAAAAAAUGGUGAAACUGAUUAGUUGUAACCCCCAUCAUCUUCUAAUUAUUCUGAUUUAAAUCCUCAGAAGAUUGCGUGGACCGUCAUACUUCUUCAAACCAACAUGACAGCAGCCUGGUCCACCUGAUCCUCAUCUAAAAAAGUCCAGUCCGUCUGGGCAGCAAACACCAGCAGGACGUCUGCCUGCGGCGUCUUAUAUAAACCGAGGGAAUUCGUCGGUAUUUGUGGUUGUUCUUAAAGAACAGAAACACUAAAUGGUAAAAGCACAACCUAGACUUGAUGUUGUUUUUCUCCUUAUCUGUUCUCUGGAAAAGCAGAUUGUGGUUCAAAGAGAGAACGGAUUGAAUUGUCAUCUUUCUAUCGGUGUGAAAUGGAGUCUAAGAGGAGUUUUGUUUUUCAGCAGGAUUCCUCUACAUGUUAAAUUUCAGUUAUUUCACCAGACACUUACAGAAGCAAAAAUCUGAGCUCAUCAUUAAAAUGAAUCUUAUCUUUAUCAUGAAUGAAAAUAUGUUGGGGGAAAAAAUAGUUUGGCUAAGCAUUUUUUUGCAACAAGGUCAGAAUUAUUACAUUUUAAUGUUUUAAAAGAGAUCUUUACAAUCAGCGACAGAAUCCCCUCAGUCUAAGUUGUACUUGGUAUCCAAAUGUUGUAAUUUUAAAUGCUGGAAUGUGUCUCGCAUGUUUUUCUCAAGCGCGCUCAAACUAUCAGAAAAUAAAAAAUUAAGUUUGUUUCCAAUAGCCGCUUACAAAAGCAUGCUAAUUAAUUGACUAUGACCAUACACUGUGCAUGAAAGAUUGAUGUAGCCUCCCACUUAAAAAAAUUAAACCAAUAUUGAAGUGCCUUGAAGCUGCAUUCUGUCUAAUGACCCACAGGGGGCGACUCAUGGUUAUAUUUAAAAAAAAAAAAAAGUCCUGUUCUACAGAAAUAUUUAUAAUAAUGGCCCCAUAUUUCUCUUGAACUGUUAAAUAUUUUCUGGAGUUCAUGGUAAUAAUCACUAAUUUCAAGUCAUAGUUUGUAAUGUAUAAAAUUCAUUACGAAUAUAAUAUUCCAAAUUUGAGUAAAAUGGAUAAAAACAUAGCAUACUUUUGAGGUACCUUGCAAUUGAAAAGUCACUUUCCAAUGGGUCUGUGGUCUCCAUAGUUCUCUAUCAUAUCUUUCACCUGGUGGUAGUGUUAGGUUUCAGAAGAGCAGGAUGUCAGGGGCCAACAUGCCAAACUCAAGGUUUCAAAACCAGUUUAUGGGCUGCAAACUUUGCAAAUGUAAGAAAUGUCUGGUGGAAAAACUAAGAUUUAAUGUUUGUUACAUCAUGUUGGGUCCAAAUUGAAUUUCAUAAAACUUUAUGUAAUUAAAAUAUUUCAAAACAUUCAGUGCACAUGCUAAUGUUAACACAAGUCUACAGUGUUGACUUUAAAAAACAAACAAAAAAACA